GAGAUUUAGUAUUUGCUCAAGGAGCUGCCGCUACACCUCAACACCUUUUACAGGUAAUGACUGAUUAUGGAAAAGCAGAAAAAUUAAAAAAUAUAACAGUUUGUCAUAUGCACACGGAAGGACCGGCUCCAUACGCUUUGCCUGAAAAUGCUGAUGUUUUCAGAUCUUGUUCAUUUUUCAUGGGCGCGAACGUGAGAAAAGGUGUCGCAGAAGGAACUUCCGAUUGCAUACCCAUUUUCUUAUCUGAAAUUCCUAAACUAUUUCAUAGAGGAAUAUACAAACCGGAUAUAGCGCUUAUUCACGUGAGUCCCCCUGAUGAACAUGGUUAUUGUUCAUUGGGAACAUCGGUCGAUUGUGUAAAAUCAGCUUUGGUGUAUAGUAAAACAGUUAUAGCUCAGGUUAAUCCUCAAAUGCCGAGAACUUUUGGUGACAGCAUGAUUCAUUCGUCGCACAUUGAUUACAUGGUGAAUGUUGACACUCCUUUGCCCGUUCAUGGCGGUAAACCGCCGACAGAAGUCGAGUCUAAAAUUGGUAAACUCAUCGCCGAAAACCUUGUUGAAAACGGAGCCACACUUCAAAUGGGUAUUGGUAAUAUUCCCGACGCGGUUCUUCUCAGUUUGACAAAUCACAAAGACCUUGGAAUUCAUACGGAAAUGUUUAGCGCUGGAGUCAUUGAUCUUAUGGAAAAAGGAUGUAUAACAAAUAAUAUGAAACCCAUUCACAGGGGUAAAAUAGUUUCAAGUUUUCUAAUCGGUCCAAAGAAAUUGUAUGAUUUUGUACAUAAUAACCCCAUUGUUGAAAUGUUGGAAGUUGAUUACACCAAUUCAACGUUUAUUAUAUCACAAAUGCCUAAAAUGACUGCUAUAAAUUCUUGCAUUGAAGUUGACCUCACGGGUCAAGUGGUUUCAGAUUCAAUCGGUACUAGAAUGUAUUCGGGUUUCGGAGGACAGGUUGAUUUCAUAAGGGGUGCUUCCGAAGCUCGUGACGGAUUGGGAAAACCGAUAUUAGCAUUUCCUUCAAGUGCCAAAGGCAUUUCUAAAAUUGCUCCUUUCAUAAAAGAAGGUGCGGGAGUCGUUACAACCAGAGCUCACGUUGGUUACCUAGUUACCGAAUAUGGAAUCGCUGACCUCUUUGGUAAAACAUUGAGACAAAGAGCCUACGCUCUUAUACAAAUCGCACAUCCGGAUCAUAGAGAAAAUUUAGAAAAAGCAGCAUUUAAAAGAUUAAAAACUAUGCCCGUCAAAUGA